UCGAAUCAAAACUCUACCAUUGCAAUCUUAUCUUCUUUUUAUUCAAUCUUCUAACCAACAACAACAAUGUCAACACAUCUUCAAGAUCCCUUAACCACCACUUACCCUGAACCGGUAUUAACCAAAGAAGAACAAGAAACCGAUGAGAAAAUGGUGAGCUUGCAAGCAGAGAGUAUCGUCAACACCGUGGCUUUCCCUAUGGUUCUCAAGGCCGCCUUGGAGCUUGGCGUCAUCGACACAGUCGCUGCGGCAGAAAAAGGCGCGUGGCUCUCACCGUAUGAGAUAGCGCGUAGUCUCCCAACCAAACCCACCAACCCGGAGGCGCCAGUGUUGCUCGACCGGAUGCUGCGGUUGCUCGUAAGCCACUCGAUCUUGAAGUGCCGUAUGGUUGAAAGCAGAGAAAACGGUCGAACCGGAAAGAUGGAGAGGGUUUAUGCAGCCGAACCGGUUUGCAAAUAUUUCUUGAAAGACAGUGACGGUUCAGGUUCUUUGGUGUCUCUGUUUAUGUUGCUCCACACCGAAGUGUUUUUCAAGACUUGGACAAAUCUUAAAGAUGUGAUACUAGAAGGAAGAGAUGCAUUCAGCUCUGCCCAUGGCAUGGGAAUUUUUGAAUACGUCUGUUCAGAUAAACAAUUUGCUGAAGUGUUUGAUCGUGCCAUGUCGGAACCUUCCAACAUGAUCAUCAAGAAGGUUCUAGAAGUUUACAGAGGAUUUGAAGAUGUUAACACUUUGGUAGAUGUUGGAGGAGGAACUGGCACCACAUUAGGUCUGGUGACUUCCAAGUAUCCUCAUAUCAAGGGUUUUAAUUUCGACUUGCCUCAAGUUUUAGCUCAUGCUCCUUUUUAUUCAGGAGUGGAGCAUGUCUCCGGAGACAUGUUUGUAGAAGUUCCAAAGGGAGAUGCCAUUUUUAUGAAAUGGAUCCUGCAUGAUUGGACGGACGAACAUUGUAUAAAGCUUCUUAAAAAUUGUUGGAAGAGUCUACCAGAAAAAGGAAAAGUGAUAAUUGUAGAUAUGGUUACACCAACAGAACCAAAAGGUGGUGAUUUUUCCUGUAACACUGUGUAUGCUAUGGACAUGCUGAUGCUGACACAAUGCUCGGGUGGUAAAGAGAGAUCGCUUUCGCAGUUCGAGGAUUUAGCAUUCCGUUCAGGUUUUCUUCGAUGUGAAAUCAUUUGUCCUGCCUAUUCAUAUUCUGUUAUCGAAUUCCACAAAUAGAUUUGGAUUUUGUUUAACAAAAUAAUGAUUGGGUCUGGUGCAUGUGAAACAAAAUAAUGAUUUCACAAAAAAAGUGGUUGUAAAAUCCUGUUUGUGUGUGUGUGCGCAAAAUUAAUAAAUUGAUGAG